CGACCUCCAGUCUCUCAUCUUCAUCUUCAACCCCAAUUUUUAGUUUUUGUUCUUCCACCUCAGUUUUUGUUCAACCUCAUCAUUCUAAGCUUCGUCGGAGGGCUCGGCUGGGCUAUCGACAAUGAUGCGCUGGAGAGGGCCUUUUCUCCGUUUGAUCAUCAACGACCGAGAGGUCCAGCAGCUUCGACUUCGACUUCGUCACCUUCAACAACGAGAAGGUCAUUAGGGACGCGAUCGAAAGCAUGAACGACCAGAACCUCGACGGCCAUAACAUCACCGUCGACGAGGCCCAGUCUUGUGGAAGCGGCAGUGGUGGUAAUAGAGGUUAUAGUGGCGGACGUGGCGGCGGAGGAUAUGGAUGCGGACAUUCACUUACGAACUGCUCCAGAGUCCAGUUCUCCAUGAAUCAGAUAUCAUUGCUCAGCUCAGCAGCUCUUUUGUCUCAACCGUCAAUUUGGUGAACAACCUUGGUACCAUUGCAAGGUCUGGCACCAAGGAAUUUAUGGAAGCCUUGGCUGCUGGUGCAUAUCUUGUUGUAGAUAAGGUCAUUGUUACCACCAAGCACAAUGAUGAUGAGCAGUAUGUGUUGGAGUCGCUCCGAUUCAAUGUUUAUGAGGUAUUUCCUUUUGCCAUUGCGAUUGUAUCUGGUGAAACUGUAGACAAUUAGAGGUGGUUUCUGCAAAGGAUAUCGGAUGUCUUGCUGGGUUUUUUUAAUAUGAAAUGGUAUUAACAAUGGUUUAUUGUAU